AUGAGUCCUGGUCAAAGCAAACUGCCGUCAGAUUCGAUCAAAGUAGUCCCUGGGAGGAGUAAACUGCGGGUUGAAUCUUCAAACCCAGUUGCUAGAGGGAAUCCAGUACCUAGACCUUCCAAGGUGAAGCCCAUCGCACCAGAGGAAGCUAUAAAACUACAUUCUGGUGUCAGUCAAGUGCGGUUCCCUCCUCCACCUUCUGAAUCAUCAAGACCUUAUAAGUAUUCUCGUCCAAGUUUUGAAUCAAGACUUAAGCCUGUUCCUGCAACUUUUGGAUCACAAAGACGUCAGCCUUCUCGUGCAACUUUCGAAUCAUCAAGACGUGAGCCUGUUCGUCCACCUUUCGAAUCAUCAAGACCUAAGCCUGUUCCUGCAACUUUUGAAUCACAAAGACCUAAGCCUGCUCGUGCUACUUUUGAAGCACCAAGAAAUGUCCCGGCUCGUCCAAAUUUUAAACCACCAAGACCUGUCCCACCUCGUCAAACUUCUAAACCACCAGAACCUGUCCCGGCUCGUCCUGCACCAUGUCUCAGAAAAGAAAUUGUUUGUGGUCUUCGAGCUGCUUCGAGUAUGGAUACAACAACAGUGAGAAAGAGAUCCAAUCCAAGAAGUCUCCAUCAACCUAGGGAGGUUGAGCUUCCUCCUAGUCCAAGUGCUUUGCAGAUUCCUUCAAGAGUGGAGCUUCCUCCUAGUCCAAGUUCUUUGCAGAUUCCUUCAAGAGUUCAAAGACGAGCUACUACUGAUGCAAUGACGCAUACAAUAGAAGAGACAGUUGUGGAAGUAAGUGACAAAGCCAAAGAUCAUGGUUCCAAGGAGACAUGUCGAUCAACUUCUGAAGAAAGGAUUUCAGAGCUACUUCUGUAUCGACCAGCUUUGCUCCCUACUUGGAAGGGACGCAUUGUGGAUUCCGCCACGCUUUUUCCUGAGUUUGACUGCCAGUUUCGGGCUAAUCCAUCGUCCUAUAUAAGCAGGAAAGCACUGAGACUUUCAAUGGCGAUGCCUAUAUUUCUCGAGGUGGAAGUGGUUCCCACAGGCCAUAUUCUGAAUAAUGUGUUUGGCAGAAUCCCAAGGCUCUCAGAUGUGCAACUCUACUUUUUCUCAGAUGACAAGGAAACAGAAAGGUCUAAAAGGGAACAUGCUCAUCUGUUUGAGGCCAUGGCGACUCGCAAAGCCAUGAUCAAAGCUAGUGUGAACGGCACAGAGUUGUUGAUAUUCUCCUCAAAACUAUUGGACAAGACCUCCCAGUUUUUCAUCAAGAAGCAGACUAAAACAGAAAACUAUCUUUGGGGUUUCUUUCUCCAUAACAAAAAUUUACGAGCACAUGUUCCAGGAACUUGUAAUCAAGAUGAUAGUAGUGUUGUUGACAUGGACAUAGACCCUCAAGACCAGCCAAUUGCAGAAUCACAAAUCACUCCCUCGAGCUUACUUGGGAAGAUAUGGACACCACCCUCCUCAAGGCCUUAUGGAUCAUCUGGAGAAAGACCGUCUUGCAGCUAGAUAACCAUCUUUCAGCUUUGAAGUAUAGUCACAGUGAGACAGCUAGCUUAGAUAGUAGAGGUACAUAUCUCGGUUUAGCAAUUUGACCUCUUAUAGAGAGAAAUUUUGACAGAUCUUUUGAGUGUUUGUUGUCACCACAGACUCUUCUUUUUUGUGAAGCAAAUAUUAAAGUGUUGUAACCAAACUUAACCAGAGAUCGUAAAGA